UCAUGUGUUUCAUAUUUGAGGAUUUUUAUUGUUUUCUAUUUUCAUGUUUUUCUUGCGAUUCAAGAUAAUAAUUUAAGUUUUAGAUUUCUAAGUAUUUAUAUAUUACAUUUCCUUGUUCAAAUAAAAUUUGCAAAAUGCAGUGUCAACUUUGGAUGGGCAGUUUGGAGCCGAAUAUGACGGAAAGUUUUAUAUUAGCAGCAUUUCAUAGGAUGGGACAGCAUCCGCUUGCUGUUAAGGUUAUGCGAAAUAAAUUUACUGGAGAACCGGCAGGUUAUGCUUUUGUGCACUUCCAGACAGAUGAAGAAGCAAUUGAUACAAUGCACAAAUUAAAUGGCAAACCAAUACCUGGCACAUUUCCUGUAGUUAGGUUCAGGUUAAAUACUGCAUCGCGAGAGGCUCGGGCCAACAUGCAACAGGAAAGAGAAUUUUCAGUAUGGGUUGGAGACCUCAGUCCAGAUAUAGAUGAUUACUCUUUGUACAGAGUGUUUGCAUCUAAAUAUUCAUCAAUCAAAACUGCCAAAGUAAUAUUGGAUAAUGCUGGUUAUACAAAAGGCUAUGGCUUUGUUAGAUUUGGGAAUGAGGAUGAACAAAGAAAUGCAUUAUACGCAAUGAAUGGUUAUACAGGGCUUGGGACUAAGCCACUUAAAAUAUGUACUGCAGUGCCUAAACCCAAGAGUGCUAUAACGACACAGGCCACAACACCCCCUACAUCAAAUACAUCUUAUGCUUCAGGGACAGAAUACAAUCAGUACUAUGACCCAUCAGCAUAUUGGCAAAAUUACUCAGCAUGGUCAGGCUAUUAUGGACAGGGUGAGAAUACACAGGUAGCAGCAACAACUACACCAGUUGUAGAUACUGUCCAAAUUGCUGCAGCUAAAGCACAAAGUGAUGACCUUGUCCUUGUUGAACAUAAAAAACCUAUUGAUGUGGACAAAUUGAAUCAAGAAUUUCUAGACCCUGAUCUAUCAUUGUGGGAUGCGCUGGAAGCUUCAAAUUGGUGCCCACACGAAGUUAUAGAAGCAAACUGAUAGUUUGAAUUGAAUUUGCCUCACUCUUAAUUGAUAAGAAAAAACAUCUUCACAAUUGGUUGAUUAUUAAUAUUAAGCAGAAUAUGGUUUAGGUUAAAAAUUAAAAAAAAACAAAUCUUUA